AUUGUCUCUUGUUUUUAAAUUCAUUUGGCGGGAAAAGAAAGCCAAUUGAGUUAUACAAUAUUACAUACAUAGUAACGUUGAUCGUGCGUUUCUUCACAAUUACGGUUUAAAUUGUAUAGAAAGCGUGAAAUAUGGAAGCUAUGGAGUGUACCGAAUCUUCUGCUAAACCUGCAUAUGAGUUACCUUGGGUGGAAAAAUAUCGUCCAACCAAGCUGAGUGAUGUGGUGGGCAAUGAAGCUACAGUUUCAAGGCUUGAGGUGUUUGCUAACGAAGGAAAUGUCCCAAACAUUAUCAUAGCUGGCCCCCCUGGUGCUGGCAAGACUACAAGCAUUAUGUGUUUGGCGAGAACAAUGCUUGGUGCGUCGUAUGAUGUUGCUGUUCUUGAGCUUAAUGCAUCAAAUGACAGGGGAAUAGACGUUGUUCGAAACAAAAUCAAAAUGUUCGCACAGAAGAAAGUCACUUUACCCAAAGGAAAACACAAGAUUAUUAUUUUAGAUGAAGCUGAUAGUAUGACAAGUGGUGCACAACAAGCUUUAAGAAGAACAAUGGAGAUUUACAGUAAAACAACACGCUUUGCACUCGCUUGCAAUCAGUCGGAUAAAAUAAUCGAACCAAUCCAAUCUCGGUGUGCUGUUCUUCGUUAUAGCAAGUUGUCAGAUGAACAGAUUUUAAGUCGUUUAAUGGAGGUUAUAGACAAGGAAGGUGUGAGAUACGAUGACAGUGGGCUGGAAGCGUUGCUGUUCACUGCACAAGGGGAUAUGAGACAAGCUUUAAACAACCUUCAGUCAACACACCAAGGCUUCUCGUUUAUUAAUUCUGACAAUGUUUUCAAAGUGUGCGAUGAACCUCAUCCACUUCUAUUGAAAACAAUGCUCGACCAUUGUGUGAAGGCGGAUUUGGAUGAGGCUUACAAAACUAUUAACCACCUGUGGGCAAUGGGGUAUUCCCCUGAUGACAUCAUCACCAAUAUCUUUCGUGUUCUCAAAACCCACGAUAUACCGGAAUACGUAAAACUCGAGUUUAUAAAGCUUGUGGCUGAAACUCAUAUGAGGAUUGUGCAAGGUGUUAACUCACUUCUUCAACUAUCUGCAUUAGUUGCCAGGAUGUGCAAGAUUUGCAUGAAAGAACAAGAGUCGGCGUGAUGCUGUGUUUGAACCCUUUUGAUGGUAAUAUUUGCUCUUCAUUUGUUUCAAACAUAUUUCUUGAACAGUUCCCUACCAACUGCCUUUUGUUUUUUUUUUCUAUUCGUUCUACAAUCUGCUGUAACUCUCCUUAUUUACUACAGUGGCCAAAGCAUUUAAUCACAAGUAGGAAUGCAUACCACAGCAUUAUACCUUCACAUUUACAAGAGCACUGAAAAACAAUAAGGUAUACAGAACAUUGAAACCGUAUGACAAAGCUGUGGGGUGAAAGUUAUAACUAGAAGAUGUUUUGGUCCUUUUUGGAGCGGGCUCUUUGAACGGCUUGUUGGCGUUUGCGUCUGUCCGCCACGUUCGUGUUCAUGCUGUGUUUCAAAGCUGGCAGACUCACAUGCUCACUUGUACUAGAUGAAGAGCUGUUGUAGGAAAUAUGUUGAUUAUUAUUGUCUCGUGACUUAAAAUACCCAUUCAAAGGGAACCCGGUUAUAGUUUCUAAUUACGUAUACGGGUACAAAAAACAUCCAAAAUUGUUUUAAGUAUACCUAUUGCUUACUGUUACUAUUUUAUUUCUUAAAUUAGAUAAACCAUUCAAACACCUCCA